UUUUUCCUUCAAAAAAUCUUCAGGUGAACGAAGCCUCAUCAUCACAGGACUGUGACAGGCCCAGAAUGACGAGGGCCUUCAUCCCCAAAUUUGAUCCUGAUGUCAUUUUGGAAGAUGAGGAAAGUGACUCAGACGAUGACAGUGUUGUCUUUUCCCCCUGUGGUACGUCACCCAAUGACAGCGCUCCCUCUGAUGAAGCUCUCCACCUGAACCAAAUCAAGGAUCCACAGGGUCAAGAUGUGGGCAAAACUGAAGCAUGGAAAACUGACUGGCACAAAAAUUACAUGGUGGCAGUUAGUAGUGACAAGUUUGACAACUUGCUGAAGAUGUGUCCUAAUUUCCAAGGCUGUAAGAACAACAUGGCAGCAUUUGUCUUGAUAAGAGGAAUGGUUAAUCCAGAGGGUUGUCGAUAUGACCAGUAUCAGGUGGUGGCAUUGGGAGCUGGCCAUUCAAGCUGCAACAACUGGCUUUGUUACAAUGGGACCGUGGUCCAUGACUGCCAUGCCAUCGUCAUCGCCAGACGGGCACUUGUGAGGUUCUUGUACAAGCAGCUUCUGCUGUUCUUUGAUGAUAACCCAGCAGGCAAAGGGGCCAGCAUUUUUGAGAGCAGUGCAGAAACCCCCCAGCUUCAGCUGAAAUCUACAGUCAGCCUGCAUCUCUACACAAAUCAGUGUCCUGAAGGAGCUGCCAAGAACUUUUAUUUCAAGAGAUCUGCAAAUAAUGCUUGGAAUGUUGUUAGGCUGCAGUAUCAUGCCAAGAAUGAGCUGAUCCCUGCAGCCUACCUUGAUACGAGUGUCUGGGGAGCCAAAGUCUGCUGCAUGUCUGGAACUGACAAGUUGUGUUGCUGGACUGUCACUGGGGUUCAGAGUGGCCUCCUGAGCCACUUCAUCCAGCCACUGUACAUCACCAGCAUGGUGCUAGGAGGUCAGAUGCUUUCUGGGCAGGUGUCUGAUAUCAUCAAUAACCGACUGGGUGAUGGAUGGGAGGAUCUUCUUCCACCAACAUACAAGAAGCGCAGCAUCUUCUUUGUCUCUGGUGACUACGUGGGGUCUGCCAAGAUCCCCCCCCAGCAUGAUGAUCUCUGUCUGAACUGGUGCCAAGGAGACAAGGAUAUUGAAAUUCUGUGCAGCAGUAAAGGCUUAAUCAUUGAUGGCUCCCCAUUUGUGAGUGGGCCUGGCUUCUCCAGCAGGCUUUGCAAGAGAGCCUUCUACAAGUACUUCUGCAAAGUUGCUGAACUAAGUGGACAUACCUACCUCGUUGAGCUUCAAACGUACCGCAAUGCCAAGGUUGAAGCCAGCGUCUACCAGACAGUAAAAGAUCUGGUCAAGAAUCGGUUUCUUAGCAACGAUGCAGGUCCCUGGAAUUCUAAAAAGCUGGUUGACUGCUUUCGUGCCUGAAAGCCUCCCUGAACAUGGCCACA